CCCCAAAACCCUAGCGCCGCCGCCUCCACCACCGUACUGCAAACCCAGCAGCGACAGCAAUGUCGGGCAAGGGCGACGGCCCGGCGAUCGGGAUCGACCUGGGAACCACCUACUCCUGCGUCGGCGUGUGGCAGCACGACCGCGUGGAGAUCAUCGCCAACGACCAGGGCAACCGCACCACGCCCUCCUACGUCGCCUUCACCGACUCCGAGAGGCUCAUCGGCGAUGCCGCCAAGAACCAGGUCGCCAUGAACCCCGUCAACACGGUCUUCGAUGCUAAGCGCCUUAUUGGCAGGAGAGUCAGUGAUGCUUCUGUCCAGAGUGACAUGAAGCUGUGGCCGUUCAAGGUCAUUGCUGGACCUGGAGAGAAGCCUAUGAUUGGUGUUCAGUACAAGGGGGAGGAGAAGGAGUUUGCUGCUGAAGAGAUCUCCUCCAUGGUCCUCAUCAAGAUGCGUGAGAUUGCUGAAGCUUACCUUGGCAGCACCAUCAAGAAUGCUGUUGUCACUGUCCCUGCCUACUUCAACGACUCCCAGAGGCAGGCCACCAAGGAUGCUGGAGUGAUUGCUGGUCUGAAUGUUAUGCGGAUCAUCAAUGAGCCAACUGCUGCUGCUAUUGCUUAUGGUCUUGACAAGAAGGCCACCAGCGUUGGUGAGAAGAAUGUUCUCAUCUUUGACCUUGGAGGUGGCACCUUUGAUGUUUCCCUUCUUACCAUUGAGGAGGGAAUCUUUGAGGUCAAGUCCACUGCUGGUGACACUCACCUUGGUGGUGAGGACUUCGACAACAGAAUGGUCAACCACUUUGUCCAAGAAUUCAAGAGGAAGAACAAAAAGGAUAUCAGCGGCAACCCCAGGGCUCUCCGUAGGCUGAGGACAGCUUGUGAGCGGGCAAAGAGGACCCUCUCCUCCACUGCCCAGACUACCAUUGAGAUUGACUCGUUGUAUGAGGGCAUUGACUUCUACACCACCAUCACCCGUGCCCGGUUUGAGGAGUUGAACAUGGAUCUGUUCAGGAAGUGCAUGGAACCUGUGGAGAAGUGCCUGAGAGAUGCCAAGAUGGACAAGAGCACUGUCCAUGAUGUUGUCCUUGUUGGUGGCUCCACCAGGAUCCCAAGGGUGCAGCAGCUGCUCCAGGACUUCUUCAAUGGCAAGGAGCUGUGCAAGAACAUCAACCCGGAUGAGGCUGUUGCCUAUGGAGCUGCAGUACAGGCUGCCAUCUUGAGUGGAGAGGGCAAUGAGAAGGUCCAGGACCUCCUGCUGCUUGAUGUCACGCCUCUUUCUCUUGGUCUGGAGACUGCCGGAGGUGUCAUGACAGUGCUGAUUCCCAGGAACACCACCAUCCCCACAAAGAAGGAGCAGGUCUUCUCCACUUACUCGGACAACCAGCCAGGUGUCCUCAUCCAGGUGUUCGAGGGUGAGAGAGCCAGGACCCGCGACAACAACCUGCUGGGCAAGUUUGAGCUCUCUGGCAUCCCUCCUGCCCCCAGGGGUGUGCCCCAGAUCACGGUCUGCUUUGACAUUGACGCCAAUGGCAUCCUGAAUGUCUCAGCGGAGGACAAGACCACUGGGCAGAAGAACAAGAUCACGAUCACCAAUGACAAGGGCAGGCUGAGCAAGGACGAGAUUGAGAAGAUGGUGCAGGAGGCGGAGAAGUACAAGUCAGAGGAUGAGGAGCACAAGAAGAAGGUGGACUCGAAGAAUGCUCUGGAGAACUAUGCCUACAACAUGCGCAACACCAUCAAGGACGACAAGAUUGCUUCCAAGCUGCCCGCGGAUGACAAGAAGAAGAUCGAGGAUGCCAUCGACCAGGCCAUCCAGUGGCUGGACACCAACCAGCUGGCUGAGGCUGACGAGUUCGAUGACAAGAUGAAGGAGCUGGAGAGCCUCUGCAACCCCAUCAUCGCCAAGAUGUAUCAGGGCGCUGGUGCUGACAUGGCUGGUGGCAUGGACGAGGACGACGCACCUCCUGCUGCUGGUGGUGCAGGCCCCAAGAUUGAGGAGGUCGACUAAGCGCAUGCAUCAGUACGAGGGCUUCUACCAGUGUUUACCCCUGCAUAGUUUAUCCCGUUCGUUAGGCUGCUGUGGCAGUUCGUGGUAUUAGAGUGUUGGAUGUGGUCAGUGUGAACUCCGUUCUAAGUUCUGAACAAUUAUAUGCAUGGUUACGGUUAUGUGGUUUGCUA